AUGUUGUUCAAGGCUGUCCGUUUCUCGAAAACAGCAUUGGUAGCGCAGUACCUUCUGACAAUCGUAGUGCUAUCAAUCUUCUGGACGUCUUAUGCUGGCUCGAUCCACGGCCUUGGCGUCUCCACCAGCCGACCAUUGCUCAACAACGGGCCGGAUGCCGCAAGUCGCCCACCUCCGUCCGCUCCGGUAGACCCAUUGCUACCCAUCUCUGACGCCGAGGCCGACCUCAUCGAACUCGCAUCUCAAUUCUUCGUCGACUACCCGUUGCAAAAGCCCUAUACGAAACGGUUCGGAGAGCUCGGCGGUAGACUACAGGUCCUGCGAAAAUGGAUAGAGAUGAGCGAGAAAGCCGGCCCAGGGCCGCAGACGGAUCGGGUCAUGGCCGCGACUGAGGCCGUCACCGCGUCCGCGUUUCCCUUCCUAGUGAACAAUUCAACUUCCACUACACCGUUGGCCGACCUGAGUCAGAGAUUCACAGUACCACGGGGAAUUGUCAUUCCCACGGGAAACAAGACGUUCCGGUUCGCCUGCCACCUAAUUGUCGGCCUUCGGCGGGUGUUCAAGACGACACUUCCGAUUCAGGUUGUCUACGCUGGGAACACCGACCUUCCCGAGGAAAAGCGAGAUGCGUUGGAAUCACUGGCCACUUUUCGUACCGAAUCCGGCGAGGUUGAGCACGGCGAUGACAGCUUUCUCGACGCGACGGAGGUGUUUGACGAUGCCACUCUGAAGUUGGCGUACGGCGGGUGGGCCAUCAAAGCCUUCGCCGCAUUGGCAAGCAAGUUCACCGAGGUCAUUCUCCUCGACGCCGAUGCAGUCUUCUUCCAGGACCCCAUCUCGCUCCUGCAGCAAAAGGACUACCAAAAGCACGGCGCUCUAUUCUUCCACGAUAGGCUGCUCUGGCAGUAUGACUUCAAGGAGAGACACCAGUGGUGGCACUCUCAGGUGAUCCACGAGGGACUCGGGAGGGUAGUCGUUGUGGACAAGUCUCGCUUGGAUGUGGUGCUCGGCCUUCUUCACGUGGCCUGGCAGAACACAAAAGAUGUGCGGGAGGAGACGACGUAUAAGAUGACCUACGGCGACAAGGAGGCGUGGUGGUUCGGGUUCGAACUGGCCAACGCGACUUACGCAUUCGAGAAACAUUACGGCGGCAUUGUGGGAUGGGGAAGAAACAAUCCGCAGCUCACAUCCACGGCCAAUGCUAACGCGACUCUCGGACAACCAGACAAGGUCUGCAGUUUUGUUAUUUCUCACGUCGACGAGUCUGACAAGCUCCUUUGGUAUAAUGGCGGCCUUCUUAAGAACAAAAUUACCAACAAGCGGGAGUUUGAGGUGCCGACACACUGGAUGAUGGACGCCGAAUGGGAGAAAGGGGCGAGCAAGCCCGACAUGUCUUGCAUGAAACGCGGAACAGCGAUGGAGCUUGCGGACGUAGAGAAGGACAUCAUCAAGCGGUCUAUAAAAGAAGCUCAAAUCGUAGACAUCGAAUUAAAUUUGGUCUAG